CAACAAGAAUCCAAGCACCAGAAGGUCUCCUAAGAACAAAACAGCAAUGAGGCACAUCCACAACACACACAGUUUUUCCCUACAUUUAUCAGUCUGCUUAGGUAAGAAAUAAGAUGGAAAGAGGCUUUCAGGCUAAAGCUGAAUGCUCACCUGAGGAUGGUCCAUACAGAGAGCAGCACAGAGCAAAAGUCUGACAGCGAGAAAUGGGUAAUCCUGCUCAUGGUGGUGGGUUGGAAGUAGAUGAUUCCAUAGGUCUAGUAGUAGUUUGCUACUCAGUUACACUGGGUCAAUCAGUGGAAGAGUAAUGGUAGAAGAUAAUAAAAUGCAAGAAAUACAUUUUCAGGAUCACAGUUGCUUCUCAUGGAAGAGAAUCUGCAGGUUUAUCUGCCUGUUUCUGUAGGAUAAGUGAGGUUUUAUCAGCAUUUGCAUGGAAGAUCUCCCUGUAAACAAAUCCAACAAGUUAAAAGGGGCAGCCCAUCAGUUUGCUGACGAUGCUGGAGGCCAUCACAUGAUGGUCUCUUUCAGCUGUUCAGACUCAAUUGUGGCUGAUGCCUGAAUUUUCAGCCAGUGAGAGCAAUGCCCAUCCCUGGCAAAUUGCUCAACACGUAGGACAAAAAAGAUGCCAAGUUCCUCUGCUCAUUCCUUCCGGCAGAGGUAGGAGGGGAGAAAAGCCAACGGCUCUUGGGCAAUAGUUCUUUUCACUUCUGUCUGGACUCCUCUCUUUCCCCCUUCUCUGCUGGACAGACAUGGAGAAACUCAUGCACCUCAUCUUGGUCUUCUUCUCAGCAUCCUGCGCUGCACAGAACAUCACUACGGUGUAUGGAAUGGAGGGGGGAACCAUAUCUGUGAACUGCACCUACAACCCCCGGCAGCAGCGGUGGAGGGAGAAGAGCUGGUGCAGGCAGAUCAAUGGCAGCAAAUGCCAACACGUGGUGAGCGCCCGGCGCUUCUGGCUGCCCUUCCUGAGGAACAGGAACGGCACCACGUCCAUCAGCGACAACAUCCAGGACGGGGUCCUGACAGUGACCAUGAGGAGGCUGAGGAAGCAGGAUGCCGGGCUGUACCAGUGCAGGACUGAGUACCUGGGGGAGACCAGCACCCUGCGGACGGUGCAGGUGGAUGUGCUGACAGCUGCCCUGGAGACCCAAAUCCCAGAGGAGCCCAGUGCUGUGCAGAGCAGCUCCAGCAUCCCUCCCGAAGCUGAUUUCACGGUCCUCUACACCAUUGCUGGAUUACUGGCUACGAAGUUUGUGGUGGCUGUGCUGAUCUUUAUCAUUAGCAACAGCAGGAAAAACAGGGAGGCAGAGCAGAAGAAGCCAAGCUUGAAUGAACAGCAGGUCCCUCGUUUCCCUGGUGACCUCGUGGAGCAUGGACAUGGAAUCGGCCCCUCGUGGGAGAGCUCUGCUUAGAGCCCAACCAAAGAGAAUCAACAGGGAAACGAACACCGAGCUUUAUCCAGCAAAGCUUUGCCACCUGCUGUAAGAAAGAAAAGCACUGCCCACUAAACACAGGGACUGACAAACCUGUGGAGAGGGAAUAUCACCAUCUACCAUCUUCUCUCAUUGCUCCUGUCCGUAAAGUCUGAUGUUUUGCCAUACUAAUGGCAAUGCAGUGCUCUGCUGUCACCUCCAGUCACAGCCAGUAACUGCACUGUGUUACCAGGCACUUAUUUCAAGUGCUUAUCCCCUCCUCGGGUGAGAUCCAUCAGUGCUGUGCCAUCUCAGAGUAGAUCCUAAGAUCCCAAAGAUCUCUUUGCACAGAGUAGAUCCUUAGCAGACAGUCAGAGUGGAAAGAAAUACACGACUGCAGAACAUAACAAAGGGAUGUGAUCUGCACACAGCUCUGAGCUUGGUUCUACCUUCCCAAGGGGAUCACUGUUCAUCGUGCCCCCAAAGGAAGCUGCAAUUACCUGUCCAAAGAAGAACCCAGCCCCAGGGCCACUCACACUUCUUCCUGCAUUGCCUACAAAGCUAAAUAAAAUCAAACUGGUUACCUUA